GUGGCGGCGUUCGGAAGAGAGCCGAGAGGUGGGAGCGGGGGUGCACGUGUCGCGUGUGGGCACACCGUGAGGGCAGCGUUGUUCGGCAGAGCGUCGGAUACUCGAACGGAGGUGAGGCGGCCGGCGCUGGCGGCUGGCGGCUGACGCCCGGGCCGACACGCUCGGCUGGCGCCGCCCGUCCGCUGCAGCCGACACAACGGAGCCGCGAGUCAAGGACCGGCCGGUCGUGGACCCGCCGCGGCCCGGCCGGCGCGCCCGGCGCACUUCGACAUUCACCGAGCCGACGGCGUGACUGUCCCCGUGGCGGCCGUCGUGACUACCCCCGUGACGGUGACUGAGCGCUCCUGUGACGGCCGUCGAGACUGCCCCCGUGACGGCGACUGAGCGCUCCUGUGACGGCGACUGAGCGCUCCUGUGACGGCGACUGAGCGCUCCAGUGACGGCGACUGAGCGCUCCUGUGACGGCGAGGGCAGCGUCUGUCGGCGGCAGUGAGCUGCACCGGCAGCAAGGAACAGUAGCAGCGAGCUGCACCGGCAGCAAGGAACAGUAGCAGCGAGCUGCACCAGCAGCAAGGAACAGUAGCAGCUCGAGCUGCACCAGCAGCAAGGAACAGUAGCAGCGAACUGCACCAGCAGCAAGGAACAGUAGCAGCGAGCUGCACCAGCAGCAAGGAACAGUAGCAGCGAGCUGCACCAGCAGCAAGGAACAGUAGCAGCGAACUGCACCAGCAGCAAGGAACAGUAGCAGCGAGCUGCACCAGCAGCAAGGAACAGUAACAGCUCGAGCUGCACCAGCAGCAAGGAGCAGCGUUUAGCGCGGUAUCAGCGAGUGACGCGUUUGUUGCGGUGAGACCGAGCGUGGCAGCGAGUCAUGGUACCGGCGAGUGAGCUGCAGUGCCUGCUACGGUGACGGCUAACGGCAGUGUUCACUCGAGCGGGUGCUGUGACGGUGGAGGCGAGUGACAUUGUUCACUCGAGUGAGCAUUGUUACGGUGACAGUCAGCGCCAGUGUCUGACGGGCAGUCAGUGGCAGUGUCAGUGUCCGUUACGGUGACAGCCAGUGGCAGUGUGACAGCGGGCGCCGGUGUUAGUGUCCGUUACGGUGACAGCCAGUGUCUGAUUGGCAGCGGACGCCAGUGUCAGUGUCCGUUGCGGCGGAGGCAGCUUCGGCCGGUCGUGGCCAGCCGCGCUGCCCUCAAACGAGGCGUCCGUCACCGUCAGCUCGCCUCGGAGUCUCCCUCGCCGCCGGCACCAUGCUGGCCGCCAUCCGAGGACGUAAGAGCGAGUCUCCCACGCGCUUCAGCGAGAUCAGCCUGCGGCGCUACAGGAAGAAUGCCCGGGUGAAGCGGAGCUCUGCGGCGGCCAUGUCGGCAGAUGAGGAGGCUGUCGUCGGCCACCGCACCUGGUCUCGGAGCACGCUGUCGCUGAGCGGCGCCGGCUCCGGAAAAUCUGAACAGCCGCCGGCGCUCUCACAUCUGGCCACCGUGGAAGCCAAGAUGGCCGGUAUCGAGAGCUCGCUGUCCACCACGACCGGCACGAGCCGGCGCCGGAAGGAGGCGGCGCCGGCACCGGUACCGGUACCGGCGCCGACGGCCACCGCCGGGCCGCGCGACCUGCUCCGUGAGCUGGAGCUGCUGCACACCACGCUCCGUGAGAGGGACCAGACCAUCCUGAGGUUGCGCAGCCAGAUCGAGUCGGGCCAGCAGAGUGACAGUGACGCCGAGCGGGCGGCCCGGGAGCGCGAGCGGCGCGCGCUCACUGAGCGCCUCUCGCGGCUGCAGACACAGACGGACACCAGCCGCGCGCGCGCCAAGAACCUCCGACUCGCCCUGGAGAAACUCGAGGCCUCAGAGAACAUCGACGCGUGCAUUCGACAAGCGGAGCUCGAGUACGAGCUGGAGCGAGAGGAGCUGCACAUCCUGGACCUGCAGGCCGAGCAGAUGACGUUGCGCGCCAAGAUGGAGGACGCCGAGGGUCGCGGCGGCGGCGGCGGCGGGCCGGCGGCCGCCGACCGGCUCUCGCUGACCAGCUGCCUGCCGACCAGUGCCGAGACGUCGCUGCACCUGGUGACGCUGCAGUGGGAGCCGCGCUCGCCCAGCUUCACCGUCAGCACUCACCUGUCGGGCCGCGGCGUGCUCAUCGAGUGGGCCAUGGACAGCAGCGGACUGCGCAAGGGCGACCGACUGCUGGAGCUGAACGGUGAGCACGUGUUCGGCCACCGCCGGGAGGCGCUGCUGGCGCUGGCGGCGGCGGCGGCCGCGGCGCCGCUGCGCCUGCUGGUGGUCCGCUGCCAGCCGCCCAGUCUGGCGGCGCGCCGCGGCGCCGGCAGAGAGCUGGCCGCCCUCCGCGAGGAGCUGGCCCUGCUCGCCGGCCGGCUCGAACAGAAGACGCUCGAGAACAAGGCGCUGCACGCCGAGAAGGAGCGCUGCGUGCGCGACAGCGAGGCGUAUCGCAACGAGAACGUGCGGCUCAGCCACCGGAUCGGCUACCUGGACGAGCAGGUGCAGGAGAUGCAGGCCGACCUGGACAAAAUCAAAGGCGUCACCGACGAGAGCCUGCGCCGCACCAAGAAGGACGUGCAGGUGUUCACCAAGGGCCCGCACACGGCCACCAUUCCAGUGAACGUGGCCGGCCGGACGGACGGCCCGCCGGCUACCCCCACCUCUGCCGCCGAGUCGGAGCCGGAGCCGCCGGCCGGCCAGCGGCCAAUCUACCAGAACAUCCGGCCCAAGAUCAAGCAGAAGCCGCGCAACAUCCUGCAGCGGCUGCAGCAGCUGGGCGCGCCGCCGGCCGCUGCCGACUCGGACACGGGCAGCGCCUUCAGCGUCAGCACGCUGGACGGCAAGCCACGGCCGCCCAAGAAGCCGGCGCGCCUGAGCCUGCAGCGCGCCACCAGCGUGCAGUCGGUGCGCUCGGCAGACGACACGCUGUGCGCGGGCCGGCGCGCCGCCGCCGCCGCCGCAUCCGACACGGUGCAGACGUGGCCGUCCGUGGAGCGCAGUCUGGACCAGGUGCGCCAGCGCGCCGCAGCCGCCGACCUGGCGAGCCUGCGGCGACUGGUGCGCCGGCACCGGCCGCCGGCCGAGCGGCUCUGACCCCCCGCCCCGCGCAGUGCCCCGCCGGCCGGGCGGCUCUGACCCCCGCCAGGACCGGCCUGAGGCGGCGUCGCGACCGUCCAUUGCGACUCCGUCCAGUGAAGCACGUGAGGCUAGACUCGUUACUGCACCGCCUAGCAGACACUCUACAUCUAUCGCGUCCAAUCAGUGCCAGUGUCAUAGGGUUGUAUAUCGUUUUCGAACACGUGUUCCCAAAGAAUAUAUUUAUAAGAUAUUCUACAA